AAAGACAGUGAGACCGAGUUGAGUACUGCAGGGCGCCGGCAUUCACAGUCCCCUCGGCUAAACUCCACACAAACCCUCCUGGCUUUAUUCAAAUCUGUUUUUGCAAAAUAGAAUGACAUCUGAGUUAGAGUUAGAAUUGUGAAUCUGCAGAAGCUUUGCUGUGCCCCGCGGUUGGGAAAUAAACCCUCUCCAAUGUUGCUUUAGUUUCGGAUUGAGACAGGGAGCAGGUUGGAUGGAGAUGAAGGGAUUCGAAGCGGCUGCACGAUGUCCUGCUGUCAGAGCCCGCACCCGGCUCCGGCUGCUUCGGAAUCGAUUCUCACAUCCUUCCGGUUUCUAAAGGGGCUACAGUAGGUGUCACACUGAGGAUGGAUGAUGCUCCCGAGCUGCGGACUGAUGGGAAUUCCCUCCUGAAGGCGGUUUGGUUGGGAAGGUUGAGAUUGACCAGGCUGUUGUUGGAAGGUGGGGCGUACAUUAAUGAGAGCAAUGAGAGAGGCGAGACCCCCCUGAUGGUAGCGUGUAUGACCAGGCACGUCGACCAACAGAGUGUGAGCAAAGCCAAGAUGGUGAAGUAUCUGCUGGAAAAGCAGGCGGACCCAAACAUUCAGGACAAGGCGGGUAAAACGGCACUAAUGCACGCCUGCAUCGAGAGGGCCGGGGAGGAGGCGGUCUCCGUGCUACUCAGUAACGGCGCGGACCCCAGCCUGGAGGACCACUCCGGGGCAUCUGCCUUGGUUUACGCCAUCAACACCGAUGAUAAAGAGGUUUUAAAAUGUUUACUAAAUGCCUGCAAAGCCAAAGGUAAGGAGGUUAUCAUCAUCACUACUGACAAAUCUCCGUGCGGGACCAAGACAACGAAGCAGUAUCUAAAUGUGCCGCCUUCCCCGGAACUGGAGGAGAGGCACAGCCCUGCCCUCUGCAUGUCUCCGUCUGACAUUGAACUCAAGACAUCGCUGAGUCCGGCUCCCACUGAUGACCAGGAAAGUGAGAACAGCUUUAGUUUCCAAGUGAUGUCACAUCAGAGCGGCGGUUACACUAGCAAACCCCACAAUGAGCCCAGCUCCCCAACCAGGAAGGUCAACCCGAAGAGGAUGGGGACCCGCCUGCCUCAGCUGAAGAGGCUGCAGUCGGAGCCCUGGGGGCUGAUCGCUCCCUCUGUCCUGGCUGCUGCCGCCGCCUACCAGGAGGAGUGUAAACGGGCCAGUCCUGAAGAGGAGCUCAUUCAGGGCAUCAAUGGCUUGGCGCUACCCAAACGCACCACUUUGUCCAGAACCGACAGCAUCGAGAGUAAAGACCCGUCCACCUUCCCGUUUGUGGGAGAUCCGACCUCUCGCACUCCGUCCACAUCCGCUCCAGUUUCCCGGAAACAAUCCUAUGAGAAAAGCCAGUGCCAACACCAGCCCCUAGCCCGGAGGAGCACGUUACCCUCUGAGCAGGACACGGUUAGUAGCUUCGCUGCUACUGGCCCUGUCAGCCUGAGGGACACCGUCCACCGCAGGAGGCUGGGCAAUGACCAUUAUGAUUCAGACUCGCAGCUUUAUUCCGACUCCAUCUCCAACCCAUUCGAGUCGAUCAAAGUCACGUUUGAAAGAAAGAAGCACAACACCUCUCCGCUGACGUUGCUGACCAGCUCCCGGGAGUCCCUGGAUAGUAUCGCCAGCACAUCUCCGGGUUCAGUCCGCCGCAGGCCCCCUGGUCUCCUGGAGAGGAGAGGCUCUGGGACCCUCCUACUCGAUCACAUCUCCCACACGAGGCCAGGCCACCUCCCCCCACUGAAUGUCAACCCCAACCCGCCCAUCCCCGACAUCGGCUGCAACAGCAAGCCGUCAUCGCCGCUAACCAUGGGCCUGAAAUCUCUGGUCCCUGUGGCACCAUCUUCACCAAAACGGAACGAGAUGAAAACCAAAAAGAAGCUGGUGAGGAGGCACUCCAUGCAGGUGGAGCAGAUGAAGCAACUCUCGGAUUUUGAGGAGCUGAACACUUAGUGCAUCUGACACCACGAUCUUACCUUCAGAUAUCCAAGAGAAUGUAAAUUAAUUCACAAUUAUAGUUUAACAAACCAAUAAACCAGAUUAGUCUUUUCCUUUCCAGCGCCCAGGGGAUCUCGCUGGCAACAUUAGGGAGCCACGUUUUAUUGGGAUACAAUUGAACCGAAAUGCUGCUCUCUCACAUUCCUCAGUCAGCCUGGGAUGAAGAGAUUGGGGCCGGGUUUGUGUUUGAUCUGGUUACAACGAAAUGGCCGCAAUGGAUGAAGCCUUUCCAAUGGCGAUGGCCAAGAUCCAGGUUUUCAUGGCAGGAAAACUAUCAAUUCCACUUCAAAGGGCAUUUCCUCACCACCCCAUCUCCCACUAACAGCCAAAAUAUGUGGUCACUCCCGACAUAACCAAAGUGCUGGUAUUGUUUCGGUUUCAGUGAAGUCUCAAAAUCCGCAAGCCACACACAGACACGCUGAUGCUAGAUUUUGUUGCUUUUACACUUACAGGAUUAAGCAAGCAGUUUC